CAUCAUCACAUUCAAGCAUCUGCUUCUGAGCCCACUUGGUCGUUUUAUUGCUGUGCUGGAAUUAAGCUGUUUUUUUGUUGAUUAUUCAUUUAAAUUGUUGUUUGAACAUUAGAUUUUGUACAUUUAAUUCGCUUCGUGAACUUUUGUGACGUAUUUUUGCAAAAUGCAACGUGAUUACGCAGCAGAUAAAGAAACGGUCAAUUCCUUCCUGACGGAAUUCUUCAAGGAGGAUGAAGAUGGCAAGAAAAUUUUCGUAUACGCUCGUCAAUUGACCAACAUUGCCCACCGCGAACAAGUUGGGCUGACGAUCGACCUGGAUGAUGUGACGAGUUAUAACGAUCAGCUGGCGGAAGCCAUCCAGGGAAACUGCCGGCGAUACGUUAAGCUGUUUUCCGAUGCCGUAUUCGAGCUAUUGCCGUCAUACAAAGAGCGGGAAGUGAUUAAUAAGGAUCCGUUGGACAUCUACAUCGAACAUCGCUUGCUGCAGCAAUCACGAAUGAGAAAUCCUAACGAACACCGAGAUGCCCGUAAUUCGAUUCCAGCGGAAUUGAUCAAGCGUUACGAGGUGUACUUCAAGGCUCCGAGUGCAUCCAAAGCCAUUUCCAUUCGUGAAGUGAAGGCAGAAUGCAUCGGCAAGCUGGUUACGGUUCGUGGUAUCGUAACCCGUUGUACCGAGGUGAAGCCAAUGAUGACGGUGGCAACCUACACAUGCGACCGCUGCGGCGCCGAGACUUAUCAACCCGUGAUGUCUAUGACUUUUAUGCCAGCAAUCGAUUGUCCCUCGGAGGACUGUCGUGUCAACAAGGCUGGUGGCAGGUUGUAUCUCCAGACUCGCGGAUCCAAGUUUACAAAAUUCCAGGAACUUAAGAUUCAAGAACACAGCGAUCAAGUACCGGUGGGUCAUAUUCCGCGAUCGCUGACGGUGAUGUGCCGUGGUGAGAUUACGCGAAUGGCGCAGCCAGGCGACCAUGUGGUCAUCAGCGGAAUUUUCUUGCCCAUUCAGCGAUCAGGGUUCCGAGCAAUGGUUUCUGGAUUGUUGAGCGAGACUUUCUUGGAAGCGCACCGUUUAGUCUGCUUGAAUAAAUCGGAAGAUGGAGAGACCAGUAAUGAAAUCACCGAAGAAGAAUUGGCAGAGCUGGCCAAAGAUGAUUUUUACACCAGAAUGGCUAGUAGUCUGGCCCCCGAAAUUUAUGGACAUCUGGAUGUUAAGAAAGCUUUGCUUCUACUGCUCGUCGGAGGUGUCGAUCGUAGCCCGGAUGGAAUGAAAAUCCGUGGUAACAUCAAUAUCUGUUUAAUGGGAGAUCCAGGUGUCGCCAAAUCUCAGCUCUUGGGUUACAUUAGUCGGCUCGCUGUACGCAGUCAGUAUACUACGGGGCGUGGUUCUUCAGGAGUUGGUUUGACUGCUGCUGUCAUGAAGGAUCCACUAACAGGCGAAAUGAUUCUUGAAGGAGGAGCCCUGGUGCUGGCAGAUCAAGGCGUUUGCUGUAUCGACGAGUUUGAUAAGAUGGCUGAAAAUGAUCGAGUGGCUAUCCAUGAAGUAAUGGAACAACAAACAAUUUCAAUUGCUAAGGCCGGUAUCAUGACUUGUUUGAACGCGCGGGUUUCGAUUCUGGCUGCAGCUAAUCCUGCUUAUGGUCGAUAUAAUCCACUUCGUACAAUCGAACAGAACAUUCAGCUCCCAGCGGCUCUAUUGUCUCGUUUCGACCUUUUAUGGUUGAUCCAGGAUAAGCCGGACCGCGACAAUGAUCUCCGUUUGGCAAAACAUAUCACUUUCGUCCAUAGCCAUGGAAAGCAACCGCCAUCUCGUAUCAAGACGUUGGAUAUGUCGUUGAUUCGGCGUUACAUUGCGCUUUGCAAGCGCAAGAUGCCGGUCAUCAUGCCUGAACUAUCCGAAUACAUAGUCAAUGCUUACGUUGAACUACGUCGCGAGGCAAGCAACAAUCGCGACAUGACCUUCACUUCCGCUAGGAACUUGCUGGGAAUUCUUCGAUUGUCGACUGCAUUGGCGAGACUUCGGUUGGCCGAUGAAGUAGAUAAGGAUGACGUUCAGGAGGCCCUUCGGUUAUUGGAAAUGUCUAAGGAUUCGUUGAAUCAAACGGAGCAGAAGACUACUCACGUUCAAAACACUUCCGACAAGAUCUUCAAACUGGUAUGUGAGCUGGCCGGAACGAACAAAACAGUUAAGCUGUCCGACGUGAUGGAACGUUGCACCACCAAAGGCUUCAAGCCGGAUCAGGUGGAUGUCUGCAUCGAAGUGUACGAAGAGCUCAACGUGUGGCAGGUCAAUCAGACACGGACGAAGAUCACCUUUAUUUGAAUACCAUUCUACUUAUUUCGUUUAGUUUACAUUUUACAUUUGAAUUGAUUGUAAUUCACAUAAGGUUUAGUUAGUAGGGUUUUACUUGCAUGUGUUACGAUUGAAAAAUAGUUUUAACCCUUUUGUAUGCCUAUUAGUACAAUUAAGAUAACGUGUAUGGUUUAUAACUUACUGCUUCAAUAUACAAUGAUUUGACAAAUGAGUAGAAUAA